ACCUCACCAGGUUCUCACCUUCUUUCUUUUUUUCCUUUUUUGUUUUUUUCUCCCAAGAGAACCCAGGUUCCCGACCUGGGUUCUCCUGGAGAACCCGAUCUGGGUUCUGGGUACUCCAGGAGAACCCUUCUCUCCGAGAACCCAGACUUGGGUUCCCUCCUCCUCCUUUCUUUUUCUUCUUCUUUCCUUCGCCUCCCCUCUUCUUCCUUCUGUUCCCCCCUCUUGGAGAACCCGUGGGUUCUCAUGGUGAGAACCCAGAUUUGGGUUCUUGCAUGAAAUUGGUGACAAAUUCCGCUUUCUUUCUUUUUUUUUUAUUGGGUAUGAUAUAGAAAUUCUGAUUGAAAACAUGGGUUUGCUUGUGCGUGGCAUAGUUUUUCUUGUGAACUGAAUUUUCAUGGUGAGGAGGAAGAUGGAUGAGAAUGGAUGUGAGGAGGAAGAUGGAUCUGAAGAGGAUUGGAGACUAAUGGAGUGUAAAGCUCUGAGUUUAGCUCUUGCAGCAAAAGGAAUAUUUGUGAGUAUUGUUGAUUUCUCUGAAGAAAAAGGAAAGGAAGUUGCAGCACUUGUAGAACAGGAGAAUGAUAAGUUCCAUGAGAAGUUAGAAUUCCCAGCUGCUAUAUUUAUAAGAUGUGAUGUCACUAACACAGGAGAUAUAACUGCUGCAUUUGAGAAGCAUGUAGCAACAUAUGGAGGACUGGAUAUCUGCAUUCAUAGUGCUGGCAUUGCUGAUCGAAUAGCUUUUGAGAAUGAUCAAACUGAUGGCAGUAAUUCAUGGAGACGUGUUAUCAAUGUGAACCUGAUUGCAGUUAUUGAUUGCACACGGCUUGCGGUAUGCUUUAAGUAACUUGCUUUUCCUGCUUAACUCUGAUAAAAGAAUACUUUCCCAUUGCUUUUGUUAGCAGUGUUGAAGUGGUUAAUAUUAUUAAGUAUAGGAGAGUUUGUUACACCUUUCAACAUUCCACACUGCAUCAACUUGGACUGCAGUAUGAAGUUCUUAAUGUAGAUUUUAUUUCAGAGUACUUUAUUUUGUGGAGUUCCAGACUUAUACCUAGAGGCUGGUCAAAGCUUUUAAACAAUGUUUCUAUAGUUUUCUUUUGGUUCAACAAAGAGGACUGCUGCUU